AUGGACAACCACAAAGAUGACAAACGCCACCACCGCACCACCACAAACAACAAAUCAACCUCCGACACCGAAGAGUACUACUCUCCUGGUACUUCACCUCUUCAGCCCGACGAAUUAUCCUAUGCCCCUUCUAAAGCCAUCGUCGCUGUCGACAAGUACUAUACUUCCUCAAGAUCUCCUACUUCGCACCAUCAAAAGCUUCCUCAGACCUUAAAUCUACAACCGCCGGAAAAAUCUCAGUCGCCUACUGUAGCCUAUAACCGAUCGGCGAGGGAGGAGUCGGUGACUGGCGUCACGAAGGUAGGCCCCGGCGGUCUUGAAGAGGGAAACGAUGGUGCAGGAGGAGAGAGAAGGUCUAGGGUAGCGACGCCGGGAUUGAGGAGGUCGAAAAGAGAAGUGAUGGUUGACAGAUCAGCGUUAGGGUUUAGGGUAUUGGAGUUGAUAUUAUGCCUGAUUGCGUUCUCUGUUAUGGCAGCUGAUAAAACUCAAGGGUGGAGUGGUGAUUCCUUCGAUCGAUACAGGGAGUACAGGUAUGUGGUAGGUGUGAAUGCUAUUGCAUUUGCAUACGCAGCAUUUCAAGCAAUUGACAUGACAUACCUCUUAAUUAAUGGAAACCAUAUCAUCUCAUACUCUCUUCGCCCUCACUUUGACUUCCUAAUUGACCAGAUACUUGCUUAUCUGUUGAUAUCAGCAUCAUCUUCAGCAGCCACUAGAGUGGAUGAUUGGGUGUCAAAUUGGGGAAAAGAUGAGUUCACACAAAUGGCAACUGCAUCAAUAGGAAUAUCUUUUUUGGCUUUUCUUGCAUUUGCACUUUCCUCUCUCAUAUCUGGUUGUAUAGGCAGGCAAUGUGAUAAAUUAUAA